AUGCUCACUCUAUUUCUAUUGAUCAUUGGCACCGCUCUCUUUCAACCAGCACAUCAAUAUCGGCUCUCAAAACGUGAACUAACUGAAUAUGAUUUAACCAAUUUCAUUGUCGGUACAUGUUCAGCAGAUAAAACCGAUACGCUUAUCCAGAAUCUCUGUGAACAAACAUUACAGUCGGCACUUAUGGGUACCUUUCCAUUUCUGAUCUACUAUUGCCAGACACUCGGUGCCGAAAUGAGAUAUUGUAAUGAAGUUAAUCGAUAUACGACAACUGAUCAAACUGCUGGAGCUAAGAGAUUUGCUUCUCGUCGACUGGCACGAAGUCUUAAUGAAGACAAACAAUUGUAUAAAACAGGACAAGAGAUGGAUAUUCAAACUGACCUCGAACAAAAAUUGAUUAUGCAAAUGUGUAUAAUAAAGACAAAAAAGAGUUCAGUUGAUAUGGAUCAAUUUUGUAAUGAAAAAUUACAAGAAGUACAACAUGGAAAUUAUCCUGAAAUUAUAAGCCUUUGCAAAUCGUAUCCAGACUUUGAAUAUUGUCAACAUAUUCAAUCAUAUUCAUCAUCACGUUCGUGGCCAUUAUCAGAAUCAUCAGCACCUUCUAUUCCGCCUAAUAUUAAUCCUUCACCUGCGCCAUUAUCAGUAUCCGAAUCAUACGAUACGGAAUCAAUUAUUGAUCAAGAAAAAAGUCAAUAA